AUGGCCGUUCCAACCGACGCCGCAAUCAUGGCUGGCAUGGUCAACUUCUGUGUGGACAGUCUCAGGAAUGAAGAUGGGUCACAUCGGCGACCUGUAGAAGUCAUUACACAACGAACAAGGGAUGAAGGCGCUCAGAUCACCAGACCCUUCGCUCUCGAGCUACACGCACUCAUCAUAACAGGCAAAGRGCUCGAAGACAGGAGAAACGAGGCUGAUGAGACCCGGAUCCAUGAAUGGGUCCUGACAGGUCAAUUCUGGGACUCGCUGACACCCGAAAUGCGACAAAUACAGACCCAGAAAAAUUUGUCCAAUAUCGACCGCUAUAGGCAGGCCUGCAGAGAUCUCAGAGAUCACCACACCCUCAUGAUCGACAGAUGUCGCACCCAUAUUGCGCAAAACUACAUGCGGGUCCGCUCGGAAUACGCCCAGGUGCAUGAGUUGGGCCAGUUCGUAGAAUGUGUACACCGACGAAGACAAUGGGAAAACACACGCAUUGCGGAGGUGGUACCUGAUAAAACAAUGUGUCUAGCCCCGACCCAGGUGGCUCGAGCAGGAAAUAAGAUCAAGGCCAAAUAUGAUAUUCCAAAUGGAAUGAUGAAGGUAUGGUUUAGGCAAGUACUUCCCCCGGCAUCAGCGGUGACCCAGCGAGCGUGGGCAAACGAACAGCAGGCGCUGGCAAAAUUGCCGCAGGAACCGGGGGGAACUUGGCAUGGUGACCAUCUGGGAGCAGGUGGCAUGGGUAGCGCAGUGCUUUUCACGAAAAGGUCCGCGAACGGCACGGUGGUUCAACGGAUUGUGAUGAAGGACUCGUACGAAGAUGACAACCCGAACAGCUUUCGAUCGGCCUCUCAUUGGCACGGUGAUGUCAUGGCAGAUGAUUGGCAAACCCAGUGUGUACCGCUGGAGUAUCAUACUCAGAAGCUUGUCAGUGAGGGAUCGAAGAGAAACGUCGUCCGGGUAGUUGGACGACCCCAUGUCGACUUCAUAUAUGGUAGAUUCCGAAUCAUGAUGGAAUAUUCGCCCGAAGGAGAUCUCGAAACAGCCAUCAAGGUACACCAAAAAGAGAAAGAGCCGAUUCCCGAGGGAUUCAUAUGGCUUUGUAUGCAGGGCUUCGCCAAUGCUUCCCUGGCAAUGAAGCAGGGAAGUGAGACUGCUGCAUUGAGUCCGUGGUCUGAAAUCGUGCAUCUGGACUGGARGCCCGAGAACAUAUUCUUGGGAGCAGCCUCCGAGACGGAAUUUACGCACUGGCCCACUCCACAAGUGGGCGACUUUGGUCUGGCUGUUGUGACGUCGAGCGAUGAUCCCACCAAUCCUUGGUGUCAGGUUGGAGGGGGAACAUCCGGGUAUUUUGCGUCAGAACAGAUCCAGUACAUCGAUAGUGAGACGGGCCAGCCUGUAGAUGUUCGCAAGAAAGAUCCUCUCGCCUUGUAA